AUGGAUGAAGACGCUGAGCACGAUGCGUGGCUGCUCGAGCAGGCUCGCGCGGCCCUCGAAUACCGCAUCCGGCCCCAAGAAGAGGUCACGGAGCUGAGACGACUCCAGGCGCACCACCUCUCCCAGAGCCUGGGCACGGAGCAGCUCAACAGUCCCUUGUCACUCAUCGACGCUGACGCCGAAAUCACACCCUCAGACGUCCUCCAGGCUUCCGCGAGAGAGUUCGCCGAAGCGGCCCUGAAGAACGUCGAGUUCCGCCAGAAAUGGACCAAGAUACGGGAAGCCCAACUAGCAGCCAUGCCUCCUCCCGCUCCUACUCCGGCUGAAGACAAGGCCAAGGUGGAGGCCGAGGCGAAACUGCUCGAAUUACAGCUCGAAGUCAACGCGCUGGAAGAAGAGCGCGACCGCCUGCUCGCCAUCGAAAAGCACCUGGUCGAGCUGGAAAAGAUGCCAGCCGCCUCGCCCGAUUUUCUGGACCCGGAGGUCAUGUACAAGGACUGCCCCCCUCUGCCCGAGCUGCCGAAGGAGCUCAUGGAGGGCUUCACCCAAGACCGCACAGCGCCGGACCAGGAGAUCCAGGAGCUGCUCUCGCGGCUGCGCAAGGAAGACCUGCGCCAGAAGCUGAUACUGCAGCGGGACAAGCGGAAGCUGGCGGAGCUGAAGGCCAAGUAUCCGAUCGACCCCCGCAACCUACCGCCGGAGGUGCAACUGCAUGCGCUGAAUGCUGUCAAGGACACCCUCAUCAACUGGAUCGAGACCAUGCUGAGCAAGGCGGGCGAGGACGGAGCCGAGUCGGAGGCGGGAUCACCGAGCAAGCAGCGACAGACGGAACGCGAGAAGUUCGAUAGCGAGGCCCAGCUGGCCGAUAUCCAGAAGGAGUUUGUGCGCCACCUGGAGCUCCGCAAGGAGGUCAUGACUGCGAUGGCCCAGCUGAGACAAAUAUCGAUCAACGACAACCCACUGCCCGAAGUAGUCGAGCCCGAGAAGAAGCCGUUGCCCAGCAAACCUGACCCCCAGGCCUUCCUGCUCACGCCCUACCUCGAGCAACUCCAGGCCAUCUCGCGCGAGCAGAAGGGCCUCAUACAGGAGAAAUCGCACAUCAACGCGACCCUCGCGAAGCAACAGCAGGACACCAACAAGGUGCUCGACCGCCUUGUAGACGAGAGCCAGCUGCUCCCGAAGUACCCCGCGGCCAAACCCGGCGACAAGUCCAACAAGACCAGCAGCAGCAGCUUCAGCGAAGCCACGAAGGGAGCCAGCGUCACGGACCAGGUGCAGCCGUGGCUCUUCGCCUCCGACUCAGCCAAGCUCGCGACCCUCGAGGCCGUCGCCGAGCAGGUCGAGGAGGGCCAGAUGGCCAUCGACGAUGCGAUGGAGGCGCUGGACCACGUCCGCAAGCUGCUCGGCAAGGAAGCGGCUCAGCCGCCGCAGGCCCAAACCAACGAGGGACCGGCCGAGAGCGAUCUGUGGCUGGCGGAUGAAGAGCGCAAGGUUGGUGGAGCUCCGGCUAGGAAGAACACGGAGAAAGAGCCGGAGAGGGAAGAGAAGAGCAUAUGGGCCAAACUCGAUGGGAAUCUGGGCUUGAUCAAUGGUGGAUAG